GGGGAGGAACGCAACAACACAGAACGAUUUCCUGUAAAACAUGAAUACUGCUAUACACAUAUGCAACGAAAGUUUAACUUGGACAGUUGGAUGAUAACCGACCGAGAAUAUGGAGCACAUAAUAACGCCAAAGGUGGAGUAUGUGAAACUACUGAACAGGUACACAGAAAAGAAGUCUACACUGGGCACUCUAUACCUGACCGCUACUCACCUUAUCUAUGUGGAACAAACCGACAACAUCCGUGAAGAAACAUGGGUACUACAUCAUCACAUUGCAUCUGUAGAGAAGCCUUCACUAACCACAUCUGGCUGUCCACUACUGAUUCACUGCAAAACCUUUCAGCAGCUUCAUCUGAUGUUCCAAAGAGAGAGAGAGUGUCAGGAUGUCUACCAGUCACUGCUGCGCCUCUCUAAACCAGUCAAAGAGGAGUUGUAUGCUUUCCUAUAUAAUCCGCACCAAAGUGAGGAGGACAGGCGGCAGGGUUGGGAACUCAUCAAUGUGGCGAAUGAUUUUAGCAGGAUGGGCCUCUCCAAUGAAUAUUGGGAGAUCAGUGAACUCAACAGGAACUAUGAGAUCUGCAGCACUUAUCCAUCUGUCCUAGGACUCCCCAAAAGCGCCAACCUGGCUACGGUAACAGGCAGUGCCAAGUUUAGGAGCCGGGGCAGACUGCCUGCUCUAUCUUACUAUCACAAAGAUACAAAGGCUGCGAUCUGUCGCUGCAGUCAGCCAUUGUCCGGUCUGAACUCGCGCUGCGUGGAAGACGAGCAGAUGCUUCAGGCCAUCAGCCAAGCGAACCCCAACUGUCCUUUUAUAUAUGUAGUGGACACACGGCCUAAGUUGAACGCAAUGGCUAACCGUGCAGCUGGUAAAGGCUAUGAGAACGAGGACAACUACUCCAAUAUCAGAUUCCACUUCCAAGGGAUUGAAAACAUCCACAUCAUGAGAAGCAGCCUUCAGAAACUGCUGGAGGUGUGUUCAUUGAAGUCCCCAUCUAUGAGUGACUAUCUAAUAGGGCUUGAAAACUCAGGCUGGCUGAGGCACAUCAAAUCUGUAAUGGAUGCAGGCUUGUUCCUUGCCAAGGCCGUUUCUGAGGAGAGGGCGAGUGUGCUAGUGCAUUGUUCGGAUGGAUGGGACAGAACUGCACAGGUGUGCUCUCUGGCUUGCAUACUGCUGGACCCAUACUACAGAACACUCAAAGGACUCCUGGUUUUGAUAGAAAAGGAGUGGAUAUCUUUUGGUCAUAAAUUUAGUCACAGGUGUGGCCAUCUGGACACUGACCCAAAGGAAGUGUCUCCUGUGUUUACCCAGUUCCUGGAGAGUGUGUGGCAGCUAUCAGAACAGUUCCCCUGCGCGUUUGAGUUCAAUGAACGUUACCUCAUAGAAAUCCAUGACGAGGUGUAUGCCUGCCAGUAUGGAAACUUUAUCGGCAACUGUCAGAAAGAGAGGCUGGAAAUGAAGUUGCGUGAAAAGACGUUUUCCUUGUGGCCGCAUCUUCUGGAGAACCAGCAACAGUAUCGAAACCCCUUGUACCGGCGUUCAUUAAAGAGCUCAGUACUCAGACCCAGCACUUUACCACUGCACUUUAAGUUCUGGUGUGGGAUGUAUAACCACUAUGACAAAGGCAUGCACCCAAGACAGUCUGUUCUAGACCGACUACUCUCUCUCACGCAGAGGCAGGUAGAAGGAGAGAGGACCAUGACUGAUCUCCAGAGACAGCUGGCUGUUGCUGAUGGGGUUCUCCCUGAUCCAUCUGGACCAAUAUACACACCUGCAGAAAAGGACAGUCAAAAUGAGACGACCCCCACCACUUCUGUUGUCCAAUCAAAUGUAAGCUGCACUCCUUUGACUAAUGGUGCUGCGGAGGAGGUGGGGCCAGAUUCAGAACACUGCAAAGAGACAGAAGGGGCGGAGCCAGCAGCCACCAAACAUGAUCUGACCUCCUCUAAGGACAAACCUGUUUCUGUGGAAACAGAGCAUUUCAAAGAGGAGGUGCAAGAAUCUUCUUGAGUCACCAUAGAAACAAAACGGACAUUUUGACUGAAACCCCGAAGAACAAAUGUCCUGAGUAGUCUUAUAGGCCAUAAUACAAAAAACAAAACAGCUAUUUAAACAGCUGCUGCUCUCCACAUACUAGUUGGUGAUUGUAUGUUUCUGUCUGUGUUGUUUGUGGUUUUUAGCAAUAGGAAAAUGUAUUUGCAUUUUAUAAUAUCUGUUCACUUGAACAUUCCUAAAAUGUUCUAUCAGUUCUUGAAUUUGGGUUGUGUGUGAGACAUUCAGACAACUGCUUGGGUCAAAGCCAUAUACUUUGCCUAUACACCUAUGUGAUUAGAAAUCACCUUACUAGUCGACUCUUGUUUUUGCCAUUUUUAUCAAAAUUAAUCUUCUCCAUAUAGAGGUAUUGUGUGCUUUAGACUGCCUGUUUCAAUUGAAUGUUUUUUUAAUGUCUUUGUUUUAAUUUCAUUUUUCAGAUAAAAAUGUUUAUGUAAAGCACAGCACUAUAUAUAUAUAUAUAUUAUUUUUUUUUUUUAAAUUUUUUUUACCUGUGCAUUUAAAGAGUUGGAACCCUGAUGCUGAUAGAUUCAGACACAUGAGCAGUUGAUGUGAGAUUUAUGUACACUCUUAAGGGAAAUGGAUCAAAUUGGCAGUCACUGUAUGCACCAAAUACUUUUUGUAUUUCUUUUCUGUGGUGCCCAGCACAGCAAGCAUUGCUUAUUUUCUGUAAAAGGGAACAAAACUGCAAUCUUACCAGUACUGAGAAAAGGGAAACUGCAUGUUUAUCGAUUGCUGCAAAUUGAAUGCACUUCCUAGACUAGAUAUUAUAUUUGACCAAGACUUUUGAUUACAUUGCCUAUAUAUUUUUGCAGAAUAAGAACUUUUAAAGGUGUUUUUUAAUAAUUUACUGGACGUAUAAUAGAAAUGUAGUAUUGAUAUAGUCCCAACUGCUAUGAAUCUCAGGAGUGCUCUUAAAAUAUAUAUAUAUAUAUAUAUAUAUAUAUAUAUAUAUAUAU